UAACCCUUCUCAUCCUCAAUGGGCUCCCUUUUGUCUACAUCUGCUAUUCAUGGAUUCUCCUCUCUAAGGUAAACCAAUCGUGGAUCCAUAUCUACCCACCGUUUCUCUUCAUCAUCCUCCUCUCAAUCGCCUCUCACCAGAAACUCUCAAGAUCCUUGUUCGCAAUCAUCAUGUGUUCUGAUCUGUCUACAAGAGUUUAUCCAGAAUCAUGCGGUUAUCCGUCAGGAAUCGAUCAUUUCGAUAGAUUACCUGAUUCUCUUCUUCUACUUAUUUUCAAUAAGAUUAGUGAUGUUAAAGUCCUAGGUCGAUGCUGUAUCGUCUCGCGUCGAUUUCAAACAUUGGUACCUCAGGUGGAAAACGUCAUUGUUCGUGUCGACUGUGUUAUCUCUGACGAUGAUGCUUCUGCUGUAGUUGGAUCUGUUGAUAAGUCUCGUGGUGCUUUCUCUAGCCUUUUCCGACUUGUAUUCGGUGGAAUUGUGAAGCCGUUUCAAGCAUUAGGUCAACUAUUGGGACCGAAGAGAUUGAACUCUGGUUCAUCUUCUUCCUCUUCUUCUUCGCUUGCUGUUGGUGAUGGCGUGUCUGGAAAUGAUGAAGAUCUUGAUCAAGGUUGCGUAACGCAUCAUUCGCCUACUCAGGUUUUGAAGAAUUUUAAUGAGAUUCGAUUCCUUAGAAUCGAACUUCCUAGUGGCGAAUUAGGUAUAGAUGAAGGAGUAUUGCUAAAAUGGAGAGCUGAUUUUGGAUCAACGCUUGAUAACUGUUUGAUACUUGGAGCAUCUUCGGUUAUACAACCUAAUCCAGUUAAACCGCUGCUGAUAAGCGAUGGAGAUGAGUUUUGCACGAAUGGAAAUGACGUGGGAGAUGAUAAUGGAAACAUACCGGAGUCUUUCUACACUAACGGAGGUCUGAAAUUACGUGUAGUAUGGACGAUUAGCUCGCUGAUCGCUGCUUCGGCUAGGCAUUACUUACUACAACCUAUAAUCGCGGAGCACAAGACUCUAGAUAGUGUUGUUCUUGCUGAUACUGAUGGGCAAGGUAUUCUAUGUAUGAACAAAGAUCAACUAGAAGAGUUAAGGGUGAAGCCAUUGUCUGCUUCAUCUGCUUCAAAGAGAACUCUUGUCCCUGCUUUGAAUAUGAGGCUUUGGUAUGCACCACAAAUGGAGUUACCUGAUGGGACUGUUUUGAAAGGGGCGACUUUAGUUGCGAUUAGGCCGAGUGAGCAACAACAAUCAGCAGCAGUGAAGAAGGAAGUGUCGGAUGUGUCGUGGGUAUCGUCUGCAUUUGAGGAACCGUAUGGAACUGCAGCAAGGAUGCUGGUGAAGAGAAGAACUUACUGUCUGGAGAUGAAUUCCUUCUGAGUGGAAAUGCCAGGAAGAGGAUGAUCUGAUGGAGAUAUGGAAGCUAAAGAUAAUUAUGAGAUUAUGAGAUUGUGCAAGUGUCUGGUUCUAGGGUUUGUUUUUGUUUAGUGCUGAGGAUAUAGAUACUGUAAAUGCAAUGGCUUUUGCUUUAUUAUUAGAUGGAUGAUGUUGGUAUUGGGAAGGGCCUUUUAGAGCCCUUAGAGAUUAGAAGAAUCCUUUCCUUUUUUUUGAUUAACAAUCAUCAUCUUUGUGUAUGUGAAUAUUAUUUUAAUUAAGUAAUGGUUGGUAUGUUUUUAUUGACUAGAAA